AUGACGGUAGAGUUGCUGUCUGAAGUUGCCCCGCGCGCAGUGAACAAUUUCGUUUUUCUGGCGCGUGACGGGUUUUACGAAAACCACCAGUUUCACCGCGUGAUCAAAGGUUUCAUGAUCCAGGGCGGAUGCCCCAAAGGUGACGGCACCGGCGGCCCCGGCUACCGAUUCCGCGAUGAAGAAGUAACCCGCGGCUACACUCGUGGCACGCUGGCGAUGGCCAACGCUGGUCCCAACACCAACGGCAGCCAGUGGUUUAUCGUCCAUGGAGCCGACGCGGGUUUGCCGCCCAACUACACCAUCUUCGGCAUGCUCACCGAGGGCGAUGAUGUCCUGGACGCGCUGGCUAAUUCUCCGGUGCAAACCAGCCGCGGCGGCGAGGCAUCUCAGCCCGCCGAACGCCUGGCCAUCGAGAACAUCGAGAUAACUGAAACCGACCUCGCCUAA